UAUAAAAAUAUAUUUUAUAUUUUAACAUUAUUACAUAUGAAAAAGUUGAAUAAGUAAACAAGAAUCAUUUAAAUAAAAGGGUAUUGGAAAUUUUUGUGAUAAUAAAUGAACGAAGAGGCGGUGCGCGUCGCGCACACACAAACACAAGCCAGACAAAAGGGCACAAAAUUCCCAAAUCGAAAUCGCGCACGGAGCACACGCAGCUGAAUCUCAUCAUCAUCAUCAUCAUCAUCAUCAUCAUCAUCACCAUCCAUGGCCUCUCUUCUCUGCAACGGGGUCUUCACACACACGCGCGCUCUCCAACUCAGUGGCGACUCGCGAGUCCUCCACCCCGCAACCCUCCCACAAAAGCCGCCACCGUCACGCAGCGUAGCGGUACGCGCCGACUUGAGCUACGAGCGCAGCACCUCGGACGAAAAGAUCCGCGAAAUCCUGCGGAACCGCGACUACGACAACAAGUUCGGGUUCAGCGUGGACAUCGAGUCGUUCUCCAUCCCGAAGGGGCUCUCGAGGGAAACGAUUCGUCUGAUAUCCUCCCUGAAGGAGGAACCCUCGUGGAUGCUGGAGUUCCGCAUGAAGGCCUUCGAGAAAUUCCUCUCCAUGAAGGAGCCUUCUUGGUCCGACAACGCCUACCCCUCCAUCGACUUCCAAGACAUCUGCUACUACUCCGCUCCCAAGAAGAAGCCCUCUCUGCAGACGCUCGACGAAGCCGACCCCGAGCUCCUCCGCUACUUCGACAAGCUCGGCGUCCCCCUCAGCGAGCAGAAGCGCCUCGCCAACGUGGCGGUCGACGCCGUCCUCGACAGCGUCUCCAUCGCCACCACCCACCGCCAGACGCUCCAGAAGGCCGGCGUCAUCUUCUGCUCAAUCUCCGAGGCCAUCCGGGAGUAUCCGGACUUGGUCCGGACCUAUCUCGGCAGAGUGGUCCCCUCCGACGACAACUACUACGCCGCCCUCAACUCCGCCGUCUUCAGCGACGGCUCCUUCUGCUACAUCCCCAAAGGCACCACGUGCCCUAUGCAGAUCUCCACUUACUUCAGAAUCAACGCCCUCGAGACGGGGCAGUUCGAGCGGACUCUCAUCGUCGCCGACGAUGACAGCUUUGUGGAGUAUCUUGAAGGCUGCACCGCGCCGUCUUACGACCGGAACCAGCUUCACGCCGCGGUGGUGGAGCUGUACUGCGCCCGGGGGGCCCAGAUUAAGUACUCGACGGUGCAGAAUUGGUACGCUGGGGACGAGCAGGGGAACGGUGGGGUUUACAAUUUCGUCACCAAGAGAGGGCUCUGCGCUGGGGCUUCCUCCAAGAUAUCGUGGACGCAGGUUGAGACGGGUUCCGCUAUCACGUGGAAGUAUCCGAGUGUGGUUUUGGAGGGAGAUUCUAGCGUUGGGGAGUUUUAUUCCGUUGCUUUGACUAAUAACUAUCAGCAGGCUGAUACGGGGACUAAGAUGAUUCACAAAGGGAAGGACACUAGGAGCAGGAUUAUCUCCAAGGGUAUAUCUGUUGGCCAUUCCAGAAACUGUUAUAGAGGCCUUGUUCAGGUUCAGUCCAGAGCAGAGAAUGCGCGUAACUCAUCUCAGUGUGAUUCUAUGCUUAUUGGUGACAAAGCUGCUGCCAAUACCUAUCCUUACAUCCAGGUGAAAAAUCCAACGGCAAGAAUUGAACAUGAGGCUAGUACGUCCAAAAUUGGAGAAGAUCAAUUGUUUUAUUUUCAACAAAGGGGAAUAGACUAUGAAAGGGCAAUGGCUGCUAUGAUUUCUGGAUUUUGCCGUGAUGUCUUUAAUGAGCUUCCUGACGAAUUUGGUUCCGAGGUGAACCAACUCAUGAGCUUGAAACUUGAGGGGUCUGUAGGUUAAACCAGCUUGUUAAGCAUACUGUUAUUUGGCCAUUUUGUUACUGAAAUGGUCAAGUUCUUAGAGCCAGAGGUAAUGUAUUUGGAGGGAUGUGUACAUGUUGUAUGUAAACUGGGCUGCAAUAGUGGGGUUAAACUUUACCAAUUUUCAACCUUAAUAUAUAAUCACUUUCAUCCUAUAAUUUUGCUU